ACUUUAAUGGGAUGAAUAAAUUACUACCAUAUUUAAAAAAAAACAUUACCAAAAAUAUAAGCCAACAUUAAAGGAAAAAUGAUUGUAGAGAUGACUUAUGUGAAAUAAAUUUGCAAACAAUAUAGAGGGGAUAUGGUCAUAUGGUUUUCCUAUUUAAUCAUGAGUGUGCAGGACUUUCAAAUAAUCAUCUAAUAAUAUAUAGGGGAUUUGAAAUAAUAAAAUAUUCUGAAAGGAAAAGUACACAUCAAAAUGAUGAAUCGCCUUUUGUGUUUUCAGCUUGUCAUUACAUUGUGCUUUGGGUUGAGUUACGCCAAGUUCUACGAGAAAGACUCCGUACAUUUUAAUAACUCUCUUAAUCCAAACAAGGUUCUCAAAGUUCAUUGUAUAUCGGACCAAGAUGACUUUGGCGACCACUUUUUAAGCCCGGGACAAACUUAUGAUUUUAGCUUUUAUGAAAGUAUUACGAAAACAAAGGUCGAUUGUGACUUAUGGCAGGGACCUGAUUUCAGGUUUCAUGCAAAGUUCAGGGCAUAUAAAGGUGGUGGAUUCAUCGUUCAUUAUGGCAAGAAAAACUUUUGGGAUGCUAGAGAAGAUGGGAUUUACUUCACACAUGGUAAAGAGUUACCCAAGUUGGAGUAUAAUUGGUCAAUUCAGUAUUUAAUUACUCCAAUGAACUGAUAUCUAGAUCCUCUUUGUUUAAGCUGAAAACAAAUAUCUUAUAUCCUAUGAAUAAAAGGUUGCAACAACAUUUAUCA